UCGCGAGGUUUCCGCCCCGCUGCGGGCAGCGGCGGCCGCAUGCGGUCGGAGCGGGAGGCCGGGCCGGGCCCGGGGCAGGGCGGCGGCCGCGACAAGCGGCUCAUGGACGUCUCGCUGCGGCGGGAGUCGCCGCGCCGCGACCCGGACGCUCCGCCCAACCCGCCUCCGCCCCCAUCCCCGACCUCCCCGCUCCCGCCGCCGCUUCACCCGGCGACCGGUAAACAGCGAGAGGAGAAAAAAACGGCGCUGAGCAAAGUAGUUAUUCGACGGCUUCCUCCUUGUCUAACUAAGGAGCAACUGGAGGAACAGCUACAUCCUCUACCUGCCCAUGAUUAUUUUGAGUUUUGCACUGCUGAUCCCAGCCUGUAUCCUCAUCUCUACUCAAGAGCAUACAUUAACUUUAGAAAUCCUGAGGACAUCCUUCUUUUUAGAGAUCGCUUUGAUGGCUAUGUCUUCAUUGAUAAUAAAGGUUUGGAGUAUCCUGCAGUGGUUGAAUUUGCUCCAUUCCAGAAGAUUUCAAAAAAGAAGCUGAAAAAGAAAGAUGCCAAAGCUGGGAGCAUUGAAGACGAUCCAGAAUAUAGGAAAUUUUUAGAGAGUUAUUGUGCUGAUGAAGAGAAAAUCUGUGCCAAUCCUGAGAUUCUCUUGGGAGAGAUUGAGGCCAAAACAAGGGAACUCAUUGCUAGAAGAACAACACCCCUUUUGGAAUAUAUUAAAAAUAGAAAAUUAGAAAAGCAGAGAAUACGAGAAGAGAAAAGAGAAGAACGAAGGCGGAGAGAAUUGGAGAAGAAACGCCUGCGGGAGGAAGAGAAAAGGAAGCGCAGAGAAGAAGAAAGACGUAAAAGAAAAGAAGUGGAGAAGCAGAAGAAAAUUUCUGAAAAAGAAAUAAGGAUCAAGCUUCUCAAGAAGCCCGAAAAAGGAGACGAACUGUCCAGUGAAAAGCACAAAGAAAAAGGUGAAGAAGCUGACAUUGAGGAAAACAAAUGGGAUAAAUCACCUGGAUCUGGGAGUAUAAAAUCCAAAUCUUUGGAGGGUUCACUAAAAGAACCUAAGGAAAAGUCACAAAAUGAUAGUGACAAAGAGCAAAGAGAUUUGGAGAGAAGAUUUCGAGAAAAAGAACCUGAAAGACAAAGGUAUCGAUUGGAUGAUGGCAGAAAGCAUAGAGCUCACUAUGAGUUUGACAAGUUUGUGAGAAGGAAUGAAGAGGAGCUGAAAUGGGGGAAAGGAUACAACCAAGACAGAGGAAAGAAAGGGAACUACAACUACAGCUUCACUGUGGAGGCAGUAGACAAACUGGGUAAAGAGGACAAGUGUGAUGACAUGGCAUCCAAAAAGGAGCGCAUAAGAAAUAAGGAUCGCCCAGCCAUGCAGUUAUACCAGCCAGGAGCUCGCAUUCGAACACAUACGGGAUCUACAAGUAAAAGCUAUGACUGCAGUGGGAAAGCCUUUGAAGAUGCUCUUGAUAAAAAGUACGAGGCAGAUAAUUCAGCUGGAGGUGGUUCUGAGAAGAGCGAAGAAGCAGCAUAAAACAAACGGGAGGAAAGACUCGUGAAAAGGGAUGAACGUAAGAUUCCGUGUCGUCACAGAAAAAUCCACAGGGCUGUUUCAGAACUCCACAGGCGAUCGCACCAACAACAUUAGAAUAGCUCUGCCUCUUACUUUCUGUAAAAUAAAGGGAAGAGUGACUGGAGAUGUACAAAGUAUCUUACAGCAAAGGAAUAUAGUUGCUUUUUUACAAAAAGCGACGCAAACACUAUUUGCCUAAUCUAAAAGCGGUUCAAUAUUUUAUUAGAUUUACCUUGAAAUAGAAAACCUCUGACAGUUUUAAACGAGUGUUUAUACGAGACUUUUCAGAAGCUGUCUCACCUUUUCAGGUCUAAAGAAGUGAAAUGUAGAUUUACAUCAGUUGGAAAUCUGAGGCACUUUAAAGGUAUUUGGUGCGUGACACGAGGGUCCCAGGACCCCCUUCCUGCAGAUGGCAGGGGCAGGGGCUGGGGGCUGCAGCCGGACGCGGUGGGGCCGGCCCGGGAGGGAGCUCUGGAGCCAGCAGCGUUUGCAGGAUGAGGCCCACAGUUUGCACAGUUGUGAGAAGUGUCCGUUGGUAUCUGUACCUCAUUGUGUUUACAUUGUUUUCCAGUUAACUAUAGCGUCAGAUAAGUGUUAGUGCAGCUACAAGUAUGUUGUGAGAGAGUUGGUCAUUUUCUGAGCCACUUUUGCCUUUUAUGUUUUGAUAGAUUCUUGUGCUUAAAACAGAAGAAUGCUAACGCAAACCUCAGCACUUAAACAAUAUAUCUGGUUUUAAUAAAUUAGAUGGUUUUUUAUGUUUUUGACACUGACUUUUAAAAAAAAAAAGGUGGUUGUACAGUGAUGAAUUUUUAUAUGCUAAUGUUUCAUAUAAGUUGCGGUUGCAGGAUUUGGAAGAUGUAUGAUACGUGAACGUUCUGCAGUUCUAUUUGUUAAGAAAAUAAACACACAUGAACGUCAA